AGAAAACUACCACUCCCAAGAGGCAGCGCGCGCUCCUCUCUACGCCUGCGCGGAAUUCGAGGCAGCGAGGCGGGGCCGCAGGGGGCGGGGCCGGGGAGGCGAUGGCGAAGGAUUCGAAUUCCGGAGGCUGUAAUUCGCCGGAGGAGCCUCGGCGGCCCUGGAGAGGGAGUCCUCUGCUGAACAGAGACAGUAAAAUUCUAACCACGGUGGCUAACUCGGAUCACAAACAGCCGAAUGAAUGGGAGCAACUGUGGCCUUGGCAAGUCCGGGAACAUAGGUUACAUAUGAGGAUAAUUUGCUAAAACAUUAUGCAGAAAAACUCCAAGAGGAACAAUAAUUCAAGAGUUUCUGGCCUAGAAUUGAAUGCUGCGGAUGCGGAGAAGGAAAAAAAAGAGGGUCAAAAUAACUUUGUUGAACUGCUGCCUCCAGAAGUUACUUUCAAAAUUUUCAGUCAGCUGGACAUUCGGAGUUUGUGCAGGGCUUCGAUAACGUGCAGGAGCUGGAAUAACACAGUAAGAGACAGUGACUCCUUAUGGAAACCUCAUUGCUUGACUCUAAGAGCUGUGUGCCAAAGAGAGAUAGACGAUGAUGUAGAAAGUGGAUAUUCCUGGAGAGUAAGUGUGGUCUCUGUAGUCUGCAGUGUUCUUGACAAUGUGGUGGCAGGUGUGAGCCCACUCUACCUUCUGCACGGAGGAGGUAAUACUGCUGAGGAAUACCAGAAGAGUAAAGUGAAACACGAAUGGCUAAGUGGCAGAUACAGCAACAUAUGUUCUCCUCUUAGUUUACCAGAAAAAAUCAUGUACCCAAUGGAUGCAGAUACAUGGGGGGAGAUUCUAGAAGCAGAACUGGAACGAUAAGCCGAAAAAUCACAAACAGAUCCCGUAACUUUGAGACUUUGAAAUUAAAAUGACUCUUAGGUUCUUUUUUUUUUUUUUUUUUGGUUUACCUUUUUUAUGUUCAACAUUUAAAAGAAAACCAAGGAGAAAACUUUUUAAAAGUCAAACUUUGUUUUUAUUCUGCACUUUCAUAAAAACAUUUUUCUGGUUUUAUUGUAAGGUGGAAAGAUCAUGAAAUGUUGUGUAAGAAGUACCAUACCGAUAGAGUGUUUUUAAAUGUAUUUGUAUCAGUACGUUGCAGUAAUUAAUCACAAGAGGGUUUGAUGGGCACUUUCUACUGAAUCACAAUUCAGGAAUUCUGGAAACCGGUUGAAGAAACUGAUUAGAGAGAUUCAUUCAGUAGUAGGUGUAACUGGGCUCAGAAUUAGAGAUAGAUAGCACCAGGAAGACUACCUAAAUGAGAUUAUUCACAGUGUGUUUCAAUAUACAGGGUAUAAUACAUUUAUAUUUCAAUAACUUUAAAAUGUCCAUUUCAGUGGAAUCAGAUUGAAUUGUCAAAGGCUGAGCCCUUUUAAAAUGUGUUUUAAAAACACUUAAGAAGUGUUUAAAAAAGAAAGCAUUUUAAAAAGUAUUAUACUUGUGGUUUAGUUUAAAAUUAACCUGACCAGAAGGCUAAACCUUGUGAGAUUAAGAUCCUCAUUACUUGCCUGCAGACCUGGAACUUUUCUCAGGGACCGAAUAUUUGUAACUGCCAGUUUUUCUUGCUACAGCUUUCUUUCUAACAGCCUUAUAGCACCAUCUAGUGUCUUACUCCUAGAUAACCAAGGCAAAGGACUUCCGGGUCACAUUUAAAAGAAAAAUAUAUAUAUUUUAGAGAACCCUGUAUAUCUGAUUUGUUUAAGUUUAUAGCUCUCCAGGAACCUUCGAUUUAACUUUUGUUCUCUCUUUUUUUUUUUUUUAAGUAGAUGGUAUAGUACUCACUAUACCGGAUUGUUCAUGCUGAAUCUGUAGUCAGUACCAUAGUGAAAAGUUUCCACAAAACAUUUUAGUAUGACCUUUUCUUCUUAAAUUGUGACCUAUGGCACAAAAAAUAAGAAUCUGGGAGUUAGCAGAUGGACACAGUAUCGGAAAGAUACGUCACCCUCUGCAUAUUCCCUGUGUUGGAUCAAGCAGGGAGGAUCUGCUGGAAAGGGCCUCGAAGACCAGGCAGUGAGGUCUCUGGGCCUAGUUGACCGUCCCUUCUAGAGGAAUUCCUCGCACCCGCUGUCAAUUGUCUUUGUGGCAAACUCUUCCGUAAAACUUAUCCUCUGGACCCAGACCCCGUCCCUAGGUUGUACCACUCUGGAUUAUGUGACCCUCGUUAGGGUUCCCAUCAUCCUCCGUCCAUACCACUCCCAAAGCCAUCUACUAUAUUAAGUUGUCUGUUUGUCUGUAUCCCCCGUUAGACUGUGAGCUUCAUGAAGGCAGGGACCAUUUAUUUAUUAUUUUUUAUGUUCCACAAACCUGGAAUAUAGUAGGUAUUCCACGAAGAGUUGUUAAAUUAUUUCUAUAUUAUUUAUUUUAAUCCUACCCAGAAUGUAUAAUAAAAAUAAUUUGCUGUAUCAUUAGUGAACAAGACUGUCCACAGCCCAAAAGAUAGAUGGGAUGCUUACUCUCAGUGCAAAUAUGUGAAUAAUUGUUUUAGUCUCCUCAAAAGCUGUAAGAGAGAAACAGGAAAAUAGAAAUGUUUUAUUUUUUGAAUAAACAUUUGCAAAUAAACAUAACCCAAAAGUA